AUGACUAGUGCAUCUUCACCCUGGGGCGAGAAAGGUCGCGCCCUUCAGAGAUGGAUUGAAGAGAACCAAUCAGGUUGCCCAUACCCCAAGUCCACUUUCACUCUUACAUACAAGUCCCGCGACUAUUUUGUCGUUGCCUCACGAAAGAAACUCGAUGAAAAGCUACUAACUGCUCUCAAGAUCAAGAAUCCCAAGUAUGCAUAUCACAACAUCUCGAUCAGACAGCGUGAUACACACUCCCACGCACCGGUCUGGUGGAUUGGCCGCACUGCUCCCGGCAUGAUUCUUCUAGACGAUAUUUUCCGAUCCAAAAGAAGCGAGGAUCCUUACAUUUCCGAGUUCACCAAGGCGGCCUACCAGCUAGAGUUCCCAUUGGAUAGUCUCAAGUCCGUUGUUGUCAUUAAUGUCAAUGAAAAAGACACUGUUGAAUAUAUCCGGAGGAUGUAUAAGUCGCAAGGCAUUCGAUACCCAUGGUCCACACAGCACACUUGGAGAUCCUGGACACCUGAGGGCCAGGCCUUGCUAGGCACUGGCAUUGGCAAAGUCCUUGGAGCCUUUGUUCUCUGUGCAUGGGGUCAAGGUAGGAAGCGCAUUUCCAACAUCGUGACUUUCCAUAUGGACUGUGAUAUCCACAAGCUGCACAUGCGGUUUGAACUCGAGGAUAUGUAA